UCCUUUGAUUCCAAUAUAGGAGAAAAAAUAUGACGUGGAAAUUGAAAUGUACGAAGCGAACUUCGUGAGAAUUUAUAAUUUAACAAAAACAGAAGGAGGUUUUAUUGUAUCAACGCGUGUGCCUGUGAUUAAUUAUGAUUAAAAGGUGAUAAGUGCUAACAAUAUGGCUAUGGUUAUAUCACAAACGACUAAAGCUGCGAUCGGCGGAUUCUUAGCGCUGAUGAUACUUGGUGCUGUUCUGGUUGUUGGUGCAGCCUUCGGCUGGUUCGAUCCUAAGAGAGAAGAUGAAGAUACACCAGCGAAAAUCAGCGCUAGACUUCAAGGAAGGACAUCGUUUGUCACUCAUAGAGCUGUAAAUCCGGAUGAGAACAGAUUACCAGUCAUAUCACAUUCAUCACCGUAUGUCCAUAAAGGAGGAAAAGAUGAAAUCGGUUUCGGAGAAAUUAGCCCAUCCGGAAAGGACCGGACAGACGAACAUGUAUCGUUAUCUUCUCAAUGCCAGUGCAGCGUCAAUGAUCUAUCCCGGAUAUUAGAGUCUAUGACGGAAUUAGUAGGGCCCCCAGGACCUCAGGGGCCUACUGGUGCUGAUGGAACAACAGGCGUACCAGGGAAAACGGGACAAAUGGGAGACCCGGGUCCAGUUGGACCUCCAGGCCCUAAAGGUGACCGGGGAGAAAAAGGAGAUACUGGCGUACCGGGGAUUGAAGGACAAAUGGGUCCAAAGGGGGAGCCAGGUGUUGAUGGCACUCCUGGCUUUCAAGGGCCACCUGGACCUCCGGGGCCCCCAGGGGCUGUUGCAUCUGCACUAAUCGAAUCAACGGGAUUAUACGCAAACGAUCGUGGGAUUCCUGGACCCGCAGGCGAGAGAGGCCCAAUGGGGCUCGCAGGGCCUCAAGGAGAAAGAGGUUAUCCCGGGAAUAAAGGUGAAAAAGGAUUACACGGAGCUAAGGGCGAUAAAGGUGAACGGGGGUAUGUGGGCAUGCGUGGACCACAUGGCGCGAAAGGAGAACGCGGGCAAACGGGCAAGGAUGGAACACCUGGCCUGCCUGGCGCGCACGGUCGUCCCGCAGAAAAGGGCGAAAAAGGUGCUAGAGGACUGCCAGGUCCUCCCGGAACUUCAGUGCUGGCUAUUUCUGAAAAUUCAAUAACCGAUAUUUCUCAAGCAGACGUCGCGAAGUUGAAAGGCGAUAGAGGAGAGAAGGGUGAAAAGGGUGAAAAGGGCCUACGAGGAAUGGAAGGCCCCCAAGGUUUUCCUGGCACUGAUGGUAAGCCAGGCGAUCGAGGGGACAUCGGACCAUCCGGACUGCCAGGAACCCAAGGAACUCAAGGGCUACCUGGCACCAAAGGAGAUAAAGGCGAGGCUGGUCCGCCAGGACCAGUGGCAAUAUCAAGAGAAGAAGCUGCCAUAAUGACUAAGGGCGAUAAGGGUGAAACUGGUCCCAGGGGAAAGCGAGGUCAUCCAGGAGCCCCUGGACCAAGAGGUCCUCCAGGUCUACCUGGUCCCCCUGGUUUGCCUGGUACAAAUGGUCUAUCUGGUGACAUAGGGCUGCCCGGCUGGACGGGUCCACCGGGCGCCGUAGGUCAGCAGGGCCCUCCGGGGCCAAAAGGUGAAAAGGGAGAUUCUGGAAUCACGCCAACGGACCUCGAAAAGGUAAAAGGUGAGAAAGGCGAUCGUGGGUAUGACGGGGCUCAGGGGCCGCCGGGGAAGGACGGCCCGAGAGGACCGCCGGGAGCACCGGGUCCGCCAACUACAAGCAUGCAAUAUUUACCCGUGCCGGGUCCACCUGGGCCGCCGGGACCGCCCGGACCCCCAGGUGCAUACACUAACGAACUUCCAAGCGACACGUUGACCGAUAGCCCAGGGAUUAACCGGCGUGAGCCCGGCACAGGCAAACCGCGGGAUUCGUUACAAAUUCUGAGAAACUUGAAUAAUUUGAUGCAGUUCAGGCAAGAACAAUUUGGUUUUCGAGACCCAUUGGAUCCCCUUUCUGAAAAUAUGGAAUUCGAUGACGAAGAUGACGGAAGAACUAUCGUCGGUACGAUACUGUAUAAAUCAACAGAGUCUUUACUACGGCUGGGAACAAACAGUCCUCGGGGAACUUUGGCAUAUGUAUUACGAGAGCAAGCUCUCCUCCUGCGAGUCAACAAGGGAUGGCAAUAUGUUGCUAUGGGAUCGCUGCUGGAAGUUCAGAGUCCACUCGGCAAAGGUCCAACCUUAACACCAUUGCAGAGCAUUCUAGAAACAUCUAGCCUAGUUCAUAACAAGAACUCUGGCGGCGGAGGUCCUGUGUUACGUUUAGUGGCAUUAAAUGAACCUCACACGGGAGAUUUACACGGAGUAAGCAGUACGAACUACGAUUGUCAUAGACAAGCUGAGAGAGCCGGCUUUGAGGGCAACUUUCACGCAUUUAUUGCUUCGAGGGUUCAAAAUAUCGACGCCAUUGUGAGUUGGGUGGAUAGAGAAAUGCCAGUAAUGAAUAUAAGAGGAGACAUGCUCUUCAAUUCCUGGGGUGAAAUGUUUGAUGGAUCAGGUGCGCUGUUCACGCAUGCGCCCAAGAUUUACAGCUUCAAUGGCAAGAACGUGAUGACAGAUCCUGAUUGGCCAACAAAAGCGGUGUGGCACGGUGCGAAUCCAACGGGCGAACCAGCUAUGGACGCGUUCUGUGACGCUUGGCACACAAGCAACCCGAGUAAAUUCGGACUUGCCUCUUCACUGCGUUCGAAUAAGUUACUGGACCAAGAAACGUAUCCGUGCAGCACGAGGCUAAUCGUGCUGUGUAUCGAAGCAACACCAGUGAAUACGGUUAGAAGAAAAAAACGUUCAAAAUACCGCGUAUCCGAAAAGAUACACGACUUGAAAGACAUCGACAAACGGAACGACACGCGUAAUUAUUUAUAGAUAUUAAAAAUGUUUCAUCGUUCAUUUAUAAGCAAAUUGUGAAGACUGUAAAUAAAUCAUUAGGUAAUGAAUAUGUUUCUAAAACGAUUCUCGUGGAACGUAAAGACAAUAUUAAAUAAAAUAUUUGUUAAAACGGUUUCCAACAAACAUAAAAUCAGAAAUUUAAAUGACCCGUAUUAAGCUAGGCCAGUGAAGUUCGUUAAACUUACGGCUUAGAACAAGAGAAACUUAAGCAUUCGUUGUUUCAACAAAGUAAUAACUUGAAACAAACUUAUAUGAAAGUUUGAAUACACGUUCUAAAUUCUAAUUCUGUAACGAACAAACUUCGAUAUAUUAAAAGAGAUAUACAACUAAAUCUUCAUUGAUAUUCAUAUUGAU